CACUUCGGUUAUUACUAUUGCCGCCUGCCGCACACGUGUUUGCGUCGUAGCACAUUUUAUUUUUCAUUUUUAUUUUUGUGACUAAUAAAAACUUAAGAAAAGUAAAGCAUAAUGGCCGACGUUGCAGAAACUACACCAGCAGAAGUUAGUGCUGAGCAGAAAGCAGCAGAGAAAAGCACAGAAGCUGAGGAAACCGUGAAGGAGGCCGGCAAAAAUGGUGAUGCAAAGAAGGAAGAAGGAGGCGCUGACGAGCCCGCUGCAGCUGCUGCCGCCGAAGGCGAAGGAGAUGCGGAGAACAGCAAAGAGGAGCGUGCCAUUAUAAGGCAAGUAGAGUAUUAUUUCGGCGAUGCAAAUCUGCAUCGCGACAAAUUCCUCAGCGAGCAAAUCUCAAAGAAUGAAGCCGGUUGGGUGCCGCUCUCGGUGUUGAUCACAUUCAAGCGUUUGGCAUCGCUCACCACAGACUUCGAAGUGAUUGUGAAUGCACUAAACAAAUCAGAUAACGGCCUGGUGGAGGUUAGCGAGGACAAGCAGAGCUUGCGUCGCCAUCCCGAACGCCCAAUUCCUGAGCACAAUGAGGAGCGUCGCAAGGAGAUUCAAGAGCGCACCGCUUACGCCAAAGGUUUCCCAUUGGAAUCACAGAUGACCGAGAUUCUGGACUUUGCCAAUGGCUUCGAGAAGGUGACCAAUGUCACCAUGCGCAAGCACUACGAUAAACCCACAAAAUCGUACAAGUUUAAGGGCAGCAUCUUCGUCACAUUCGAGAAGAAGGAGCAGGCCAAGGAGUUCAUCGAGAAGGAGAAGUUGGCCUACAAGGAGCGUGAACUGCUGCGCAAAUGGCAGGUGGAUUACCUCAAGGAGAAGCAGGAGGAAUACGCCAAAUUGACCGAGAAGCGCAAGAACAAAAAGGAAGCCAAGCCAGAGCCAGCAAUUGAACUGCCCAAGAAUGCGAUUGUCAUGUUCGAGGGUGCUCCAGAUACCGCAACGCGUGAGGAGAUACGCGAAGCCUUCGAGAAGGUCAAAGACUUUGAUAUUGCCUAUAUUGAGUUCAAUAAGGGCGACACCAAGGGCUCCGUGCGUCUCACCGAAGCGGAUGCUGCCGAGAAACUCAUUGCCAAAGUGGAGGAAGCCAAGCUCAAGUUCAACGAUGAAGUGUCGCUGACGCUGCGAAAGGCCAACGAGGAGGAGGAGAAGGAGUUCCUGGACAAAGCUAUUGAAUUCAUCAAGAAGCGUCGCGACUUCUCACGCGGCAGAAACAACAAACGCUUUGGUCGCAAGCGUCAUGGUGGCAACGACAACAGAAACAACAAGCGACAGCGCCAAGAGUAGCGACACCUCGCCCUAUACUCCUCCACACAAUCCUUACCAUCCUGGCAAAAUGAAAAACGUUAGCUCUAGUUGUUAGCUAUAAGCAAUUCAAUUCAAUCCCAACAUCAAUCCUUGUGACAGACUCAAUUGCUACUAUUACUCGUUUUCCAGUAGUAACAUUAAGCAUUAAGCGAGAUCACAUACACGCAUCCGUGGUGUGUAUAUAGUUUAUAUAUAUAUAUAUGAGAGGAACUCGUAAAUUAUUCUACUUUACUUCUGUUUUUCAUUUGCUUUCGAGAAUACUUAACAAUAAAUAUCAGUUUGUAAAAA